AUGUCCCCAAGUGAAUGGUACAUCAAUGGAGAUUACCUUGUGAUUCUGGUCUCAAUUAUUGUGAUCCUGCCUCUCUCACUGCUCAAGAACUUGGGUUACCUUGGUUACACCAGUGGCCUGUCUCUACUCUGCAUGGUGUUUUUUCUGAUUGUGGUGAUCAUAAAGAAGUUCCAGAUAUCUUGUCCUCUGCCUAUUCCUGACGAUGGAAAUGAAACCAUGCAUUUGUUGAACAGCAGCCACCACAGUGACAACACCACUACAGAUGAUGACACUUGCAAGCCUAAAUACUUUGUCUACAACUCACAGACUGUCUAUGCUAUACCCAUCCUCACUUUUGCCUUCGUGUGCCACCCUACUAUCCUCCCCAUGUAUGAAGAGCUCAAAGACCGAUCACGCCGAAAGAUGCAGAACGUGGCCAACGUGUCCUUCCUGGCCAUGUUCAUCAUGUACCUGCUGGCCGCCCUCUUCGGAUACCUCACCUUCAACAUCCACGUGGAACCUGAGCUGCUCCACACCUACUCAAAGUUCUACAAGUACGAUAUUCUCCUGCUGGUUGUUCGUCUGGCUGUGCUGGCCGCUGUCACACUCACAGUUCCUGUGGUGCUCUUCCCUAUUCGUACCUCAGUCGGCCACCUGCUGUUCCCAGGAAAGGACUUCAGCUGGAUCCGUCACAUUAUCAUCACCCUGAGCCUGCUAGCAGGAACCAACAUCCUGGUCAUCUUUGUCCCCAGCAUCAGAGAUAUUUUUGGCUUCAUUGGUGCCUCUGCUGCUGCAAUGCUGAUCUUUAUCCUGCCCUCAGCUUUCUCUCAGACUGCAUUUACCAGAGUGAUUUAUAACAAUUAUUUUAAUGUCCACCAUAUCCUUGUUGUCUUUUCAGCUCUAAAAUGCCAUACACUGCUGAAGAUGAUGACAGCUGCAGCUCCGGCAGUGAUUACUUCUCUUACAUUGAGGAAAGUCUUCAUGGCAAGGAGAAGCACAAUACCAAAUCUUUCUUCUACUGACGGGAUUGAAGGAAGCAGAUGCAGCUGCAGAGAUGAUCGCAGCUUAGACGUCCCUCCUGAUUUCAAGAUAGAGCCGCCUCUGGAUGGCCGAGGCUAUAAUUUAGAUGCAGAGAGUCAAAAUUCCUUCCAUAACCAAAACCCAAGAAAAGAGGAAGAACUUGAACAGUUUCUCUUCCAGUACCAGGUUGAUCCAUCUAGUGGGAGGAAUCAGAUCAACCUGGCCAAUGAAAACAUGGGCAGUGAAAACCUGGAACCACUGAUCAGGAACAAGCAGGCUGGUUGUAGAACUGAGAUGAAAUGCCUGAACGCUCCUCAAGACGACGACAGCUGCAGCUCCAACAGUCAUAACUUCCCUUACAUUAAGAAACUUCUUCAUGGCAAGGAGAAGUACAAUACCGAAUCUGACAGUUCUUCUACUGAUGGGAUUGAAGGCAGCAACAGCAGUUGCAGCUCUGAUGACAGCAAAGACGUCCCUCCUGAUUUCAAGAUAGAGCCACCUCUGGAUGGCCAAGGCUAUAAUUUAGAUGCAGAGAGUCAAAAUUCAAUCCAUAACCAAAACCCAAGAAAAGAGGAAGAACUUGAACAGUACCAGGUUGAUCCAUCUAGUGGGAGGAAUCAGAUCAACCUGGGCAGUGAAAACCUGGCGCCACUGAUCAGGAACAAGCAGGCUGGUUGUAGAACUGAGAUUAAAUGCCUGAACGCUCCUCAAGACGACGACAGCUGCAGCUCCAACAGCAACGACUUUGGAUACUCUGACUUUCCCAGGAAGGUUCCUGGGCAAUACCCAGAUGAAGAUCCAGAGAGUCAAAACUUCCUCUCUGAUCAUAAACCAAGCAAGAAGAAGUAUGAAACUGAAUAUCACCAGGGCACUGCCUCCUUCGGCAUGUCCGUCUUCAACCUGGCUAAUGCCACCAUGGGCAGCGGCAUCCUGGGUCUGUCUUACGCUAUGGCCAACACCGGCAUCGCCCUGUUUGUGAUUCUCCUGUUUUCCGUUGCCAUUUUCUCCUUGUAUUCUGUCCACUUGUUGCUAAAGACAGCCAAUGAAGCAGGGGCUCUUGUUUACGAGUCACUGGGUUACAAGGCCUUUGGGAUGUCAGGCAAACUGGCUGCUUCCUGCUCUAUCACCAUGCAGAACAUUGGAGCCAUGUCAAGUUCCCUCUACAUUAUUAAAUAUGAACUCCCCAUUGUUAUUCAGUCCUUUACUGGAGCAAAUAAUGGUGAAUGGUACAUCAAUGGAGAUUACCUGGUGAUUUUGGUCACAAUAAUUGUUAUCCUGCCUCUCUCACUGCUCAGGAACUUGGGUUACCUUGGUUACACCAGUGGUCUCUCUCUGCUCUGCCUCGUGUUCUUUCUGAUUGUGGUGAUCAUAAAGAAGUUCCAGAUGCCAUGUCCUCUGCCUAUUCUUGACAUGCAUUUGUUGAACAGCAGCCACCACAGCGACACCACUACAGAUGAUGACACUUGCAAGCCUAAAUACUUUGUCUACAACUCACAGACUGUCUAUGCUAUACCCAUCCUCACUUUUGCCUUUGUGUGCCACCCUACUAUCCUCCCCAUGUAUGAAGAGCUCAAAGACCGAUCACGCCGAAAGAUGCAGAACGUGGCCAACGUGUCCUUCCUGGCCAUGUUCAUCAUGUACCUGCUGGCCGCCCUCUUCGGAUACCUCACCUUCAACAUCCACGUGGAACCUGAGCUGCUCCACACCUACUCAAAGUUCUACAAGUACGAUAUUCUCCUGCUGGUUGUUCGUCUGGCUGUGCUGGCCGCUGUCACACUCACAGUUCCUGUGGUGCUCUUCCCUAUUCGUACCUCAGUCGGCCACCUGCUGUUCCCAGGAAAGGACUUCAGCUGGAUCCGUCACAUUAUCAUCACCCUGAGCCUGCUAGCAGGAACCAACAUCCUGGUCAUCUUUGUCCCCAGCAUCAAAUAUAUUUUUGGCUUCUUUGGUGCCUCUGCUGCUGCAAUGCUGAUCUUUAUCCUGCCCUCAGCUUUCUAUCUCAGACUGGUUAAGAAGGAAUCAAUGAAAUCCAUGCAGAAAAUUGGGGCUGCGAUGUUCCUGACAUUAGGAAUUGUUGUCAUGUUUGGCUGCAUGACUCUUAUCAUCUUUGACUGGAUAAGGAACUCGUGA